AUGAGCCCGCUAGAAUUACAUGCUGGCUUGUGCUGCACAAAAGGCUCGGAGCUGAGGAGUUUCACAGAGUGUCGUUGGUUUCGCAAAGCCAACCCAUCGUGUGCCAUGGCAAUGUCACUGAAGAACAGCCCGGACUUCAACCGACCUGUGACUCUGCAGGUGGGGACCGAAGCUCCGGAGCCAAGCCCUCACAGAUCCGCUAUGGACAUGGAGCAGUUCUUCAAGAGAUACUACGGGGAGCCGGCGCAUGCGCCUCACAGCAGCAAAUUCAAGCCAGAUCCAAAGGCAUGGUAUCAGCACACUUUGGUCGUCAAGGUGCCAGACAACGACUCCAAGAAGAAGGUCAGACGGCAGAUCCAGCGAAAGGAGUGA